CGCAGCUAAAGGAAUUAGUGAAUUGUGUGUUGUGUGUGUUGUGUCGGCCCCUUUUUUUCUGUGCUAGAGCUACGCGGGUUAUGUGGGCCUGAGCGGAAGAUGAGUGCGUUCGAGGUAUCCUGCACUCCGCCGCGUGUUGCAGCGAGAAGAAACAACGAAGCCCGGGAACCGACGCUGGUGCAGCUGGGUCCCUUCACACCGAAGGCUAUAGUUGUGUUUGAGGGUGUUCCGGUAGGAAAAACGGCCCGGAGGCAGUUGAUUCUUCGCAACACACACAAAUCUGCGGUAGAGGUACAACUGACGAGGGUACCGCAACCGGAGUGUGGCAUUUCAUAUGAGUGGGAUCCGAUAGAACUAUCGGUGGGAGAACAGAAAUCCUGGGAAAUGGUGUGGAAUCCAACGACUGCACUCAUUGGAAAGGAACUGAUCAUCUUCACCGAUAGCCUUGGACACAGGAAAGACGUGCAAUUGAUUCUGAAAUCGAUCGAGCUUAAGCCGACCAGUCGUAAAUCGGUUGCCAAAUCGUUCACCGUGCCGACGAAGCUUAAACUUAAGUCACCCUCACCGCCGAAGGUUAACAUCAAGCGCAACGUAUUGCCGAAGAAAACAACGAAAGCAUUGCCCGUGCGGCAGGUUUCGUCUUGGGCGACACCCGCAACGUCUGUUACCGAAUCAAGUCGUAAUCGAAGCCAGUCCAAUCGAAUGGGUUCCUACGCCUCACGGAUUACUGAACCGGUGCUUGGAUCAAGCAACAAGGCAAGCGGAGAUGGCGAUGGUGCUGGUGAUACAAAUUAUCAACUAACUCCAUCAAGAAACGGGCCACCGUCCCUUUGCGUUCCAAAGGAAAAUGUAGAUCCGGCUGGUACAUCACUCGCGUGGUCUCCCUUAGCAGGCAAACACGAUGAACUGGCGUACAUGGCAAGCCAAGCGACACCGGAGGUGUAUUUUACGGCCGUUCAAAGAAAUGCUUAUCCUACCAUAACGAUACGCAAACACCUCGACGUGUCACCGGAGUGUGAUUACGAGAACCGCACCGUACCUGGCACGAAAGUGUUGGUUGGACCCAAUUGUUUCAGCAAAAAGCCGCCGACUGUGUUAGGUGUACGGCAGGAUAAUGUGAUGCAAGAGCCUACUGCUAUGGUGACGCCUGCGGGACGUACCAAAUUUGAUCCUGGCUGUUUUUCUACCGUUUCUAAGCCGACGGUGACGGGUAAAACCUUCCUUAAACCGGAGGCAGAAUGUUUGGAUGCAAUCGAGCAGCCUGGUAGCGAUGAAGGUUGCGAUGGAACCGAUUCCGACGAAAACGCUCCUCAGCGACAUUUAAUAUUUUCCUAUGAGUCCCUGCAGAAUGAGCUAGAAGAGGUCCAAUGGAAGAAGGCAGGACAUGUGGACGAUGGGGUAGCGCAGAAAAUAUUGCCUUCCGUUGAAGCUCCGAUGAUGAUAGACCCACUGAGUAUUGUCGCUGUUGUCGAUCAGCCGGUCCAAUUGGAUGAAGAUGCGCUGCUAAUGAUCAACAACAGGACACAGGUACUAGGACACGAUUCGAGCUCACAGCUAUCCGUCAUCACGGAAGAGAACGUGCUCCCACUAGGAAUUACCUUUCCGCGACAGGGUUCACUUCCGGAUGCCUUGGUUCCAUCGCAUCAACAGACAUUCAAAAUUAACAGCCUAGAGGACGUUCGGUCGGUGUCGGUGGAGAACGUUAUCAAAAACGUUACUGUAGUGUUGCAUACAAAUGAUUCGCUUCUUUCCCUGCCGUGCCUGAGUGUGAAGUCGAAUCAGAGCUUGGAGCACGACACCGGCGAGGAAGAGCGACUGUUCAAGGAGCACGAGAUACGGGCUCAAUCGAGCCGAUUCAAUAUCAAUGAGGUUGGUCGAUUCAGCGAUGAAAUGAUGUCGCUUGAUCGCGGUGUUCUGGGCAGCAAGCGCAGCAAGGAAACGAUUGACCACUAUACGAGCCAAUUAGUCAGUCCUCCUAAGCGCCAGUGUCGCUUCGAAAUGCCGACCAACCCAUCAUCAUCAGCGAUUCGUAGGAAAGAGCGCACCGUUGGCGUGUCUGGGUGCAAACCGAUCGGCUUUCGGGCCGAACAGGGUCGCACUACGAAACAAAAGCAAAACUCCAAGACUGUUCAGCGUAAUCUCACACUAAAGCGUGCUGCGGUGGAUCCGGGUACUCCAUUGGCGGCAAAGGCCAGUGAUAGUAGUAAGAAGCGCGUGUUUUUGUACGACUCCGAGCGACACCUGAAAUCGCUCGUCAAUCUAGAUCCAUUCGCGGCGACCACCACAACCGAUCCGUUCUUGAAAGCGACCAUGUACCACGAUGAGCUUGACUUUAUUAAAACGGAAAGACAGGUGAUGAAAUGGCUGAACGCACUGGUCACCAUACCGGCCGAUCUGGACACCGAGUCGGCGAAGCCGUUGGACGUCGGCAAGCUGUUCGAUGAGGUAAAGGGUAAAGAGUUAACUCUCGCCCCUACGAAGGAACUGAUCUCGUCCAAGU